CAGUCAGAGCCCAAAAUCUGGGAUGGGUCUUCCAUUCAUCGCUCUGGCCCUCCUACUUUUACAACUUCUGAUUCUCUUUUCACUACAAACUGCAAGAGCUGAGGAUCUCUACAACAUAAGCAAUGUGGGAAGUAGGAAGCAGGAGAGGGCGUGCAAUUUGUUUCAAGGAAGAUGGGUUUUUGAUCCUUCUUUACCUCUUUAUGAAUCUUCAAGCUGUCCCUUCAUAGACCCUGAGUUUAACUGCCAAAAGUAUGGCAGACCAGAUCUAUCCUACCUCAACUACAUUUGGAAACCAGACUUGUGUGAUCUUCCAAGGUUUGACGGGUUGGAGCUUCUGAGGCGGUGGAGAGGGAAGAAGAUAAUGUUUGUAGGCGACUCACUGAGUCUCAACAUGUGGCAGUCCUUAACAUGUAUGAUUCUAGCGUCGGCGCCAAAAGCCAAAACCUCCAUAGUCAGGCGGGACUCACUCUCUACUGUGAUCUUCCAGGACUAUGGAGUAAGCGUGCUUCUUCACAGAACGCCCUACCUUGUUGACGUAGUCAAAGAGAGGGUUGGAAGAGUACUAAAGCUUGAUUCCAUUGAAGGAGGCAGUGUGUGGAAGGGAAUGGAUGUGCUCAUAUUCAACUCCUGGCAUUGGUGGACGCACACUGGGAGAUCCCAGCCGUGGGAUUAUGUGCAAGUAGGAACUACAGUAAAGAAAGAUAUGAACCGUCUAGAGGCAUUCUAUCAAGGGUUGACCACCUGGGCAAGAUGGGUGGAAAUGAACGUUGAUCCCAGUAAAACAAGAGUCAUUUUCCAGGGAAUCUCCCCCACUCAUUAUGAGGGAAAGGAUUGGAACCAACCAAGGAGGAGUUGCAAUGGAGAAAGCGUACCUCUCUCGGGGUCACUGUAUCCAGCAGGGACGCCACCCGCCGCAGAAAUUGUGAAGAGAGUGCUGAGUAGAAUGAGAACCCCAGUUUACUUGCUAGACAUCACAACGUUGUCGCAACUGCGGAAAGAUUCACAUCCCUCUAUUUACAGCGGCGAGCACGCAGGAACAGAUUGCAGCCACUGGUGCCUUCCCGGUUUGCCCGACACUUGGAACCAGCUUCUCUAUGCAGCUUUCACCAUGUGAAGGUCGAUCAAGUUCUUUUCGUCUCUACAAUUCCUCAAAGGGAGUGUUAGCAGAUAAAACUUCCUUCAUUUCAUUAACCACCUUAACGGCAAUUCAAAGCAAGAAAUGUAAUGGCAACAAAGCAAUUGUAUAAAGUCAUUGAUGAUU